UGUAAGAUAGUGGAGGUAUUAACACCACGUGGGAGAAGAGAGGUUAAGCAGGUGGACGGUGUCAUUCCCCCAAAACCGCCACGUAGCAAAUUGGCGGUUUGAAUUCGUAUCCUAGUCAGCUAGUCUAUAGAAAUUAUCUAUCCAUUACAGCAGCUCGUGGAACUUGCUUUCAAAUCUCUUCUAAUAAAUAAAUAAAUAAAUAAUAAAUGCAUCAUUAGAUUCUCAUCUACUGCCUCUUUCAGAUUUCAGAUAUAUCCUAUCCUUGUCUCCUACUCCCCUCCCUCCCUCUUAUGUAAAGUCCGGUUUGGAUCAAAACGGAAUUAGGGCGCAUUCCAGUAAGCACUCAAGUAAUUCGAAGAGGAGAAAUCUAUCUUCAUUGCAAAUGCCGUCGCCUCCGAGCUCAGCUUACCUUACAGCUCUCACGCUGGAAAUCGAGAGAAAGCUUCAACGUGCGUUAGCUCUGCCGACGCAGAGGCGCGAUUUGUUGCAAGAGCUAUUUGCUGAUAUAGCUUUAGAAGUUGAUGAUCGAGCGAAAGAAAUACUUUUCAGCAGUGAAAAUUUGAGAUCUGCCAGUGAGGAAAAGAUCAAAGGCCCAAUAUGUUAUUUUGAUGUGCUUGCUGAUCAUUUCAUUCAUGUGGCCGACAGUGGGAAACCAAUCCUUAGUUUAAUUGUUCAGCUUUGGAGCCAGCAGUCCUUUGCUUGCCAUAUAUUCUCCCUCUUGUUUCACAAGUGGCUAUUUGAGGUUGAGCUUGACAAAUCUGAAUCUCUGCUUAGGUACUCUUCAGCCCUUGUUCAAGGUGCUACCGAUGUUUUCUGGAUUGAUGUCCAUUCAAACACAAAGUGCUUUCAAAGUCUCUUUAGGUAUCUCUUUGAGGAAGUUUCACUUGUUCCAGAAAGGUUAAAGAAGAUACCAUUUCAGGCCCAGCGGAAUUUGUUCCUCCUCCUUUCACGGUUCAUCUUUUUUUACAACUUAGUUGACAAGCUAGAAAUGUUCUUAAGUCAGUUUCCUGAUUUUCCGAAUGCUGUGUUUAUUGGUGGUCCGGCUGAUUUUUUUGUUACUGAAGUAGCUGAUCAGCUUCAAAAACUGAAAGUUGAGCCUGUACUAUUGCAUUACCUCUCCCAGGUGAAAGUACUCCGCGGGUUAGAAUUGAGAAUGACAACGAGUACAAGACUAAGGACUUGCUUGUAUAGCUUCACCAGCCCGGGCGCUCCAAUGUACCCAACAAGAGCCGUACGUCACGCAGCAUGGGAUGCGCUAAAUUUUCUUUUUCCUGUUGGGCGAUAUCCACGGCAGCUUAUAAGUAUAUUCUUCCGGUUGCUAUAUCCAUGGUACUGGCCAUCUUCUUUCUGGAACUUCAUUAAGUCGUGUGUUGUAGCAUUAUUUUAUUCGGUAUUAAGAUUAAUUUUCUCCCGUAGGAAUAAGUCAAAAGAAAAACAAUUUUGAAGUCACAGUUUGUAUCUCGUCUUUAAUGUAUAUCACCUUAUCCUGAGAUGCUAUAUCAACCAAGGCAGUGCCAUGCUCAUUUUCA